AUGGUGAGCCUGGCCGGCGAUGGCAGCGGCCUGCUCAGCGAUCUUGGUCUUGGCCACCUCGAAGUCCUGCGAACGAUGGGGGCUGCUGUGAGGCGCAAGCUCUCACAGGCGUGGAAAGAGCGUGCGAGCCGCCUUGCGCGGCUCGGGCUGGCCGUCCCCGAUGCUGGAAUCGCUCGCCGGAGCUCGCUCGCUGCUGCUACGGCGGCGGCAGCGACGGCGACUGCCGGCUGCCGGCUCCCGGCCGCCGGCUGCCGGCCGCCGGCUGCCGGCUGCUGCCGGCUGACGGCUGACGGCUGCGGCGAACGGCGACGGCUCGGUUGGGAGAGGAAGAGCAAGGGCGAGAGGGGGCAGGGAACGGGUCGAUGGCAUACUAGGGGGGGCAGGGUGGUGGGCGGCGACCGCCGCAUACCGUCCUAUGGCGGCGAGUAUCGCUACGCCAGGGAGGACAAGGACGUCGACGUGCGGCUGCUGCUGUUCGAGUCGUUCGGUGGGUUUGGGAAGGGGAUCGGCGAGAUCCUCUGGGGGGCGGCGAACGUGCUGCAGAACAAGCUGACGCGGGCCCAGUACCUCGAUGAGGUGACUUGGACCACCAAGAGCUGGCUGGGGCUGCAGAAGCAGCGCAUCUCGGUCGUUCUUCACACGGCCAUCGGCAUCGCAGAGCAGAUUGUGAAUGAGCUUGCCAGCGGCGAGGGCGGUCGGGUGCACGGAGCUAAGUGCCUCGCCGUCCUCGCGGGAGUCGCUUAG